AUUUAUACGACGAAUAUUAUGAAAACCCCUUAACUGAAAGUUUGUGUAUUUUUUAUUAUUUACCUGGCUAACUGAUUGAAAUAUUAAAUGAACAGUGAAAAUGAAUCAACGGUUCGCAAAUCUCCUCUUAUAAUCGAAAAUACAUGCUUAGUUGUAAGAGUUGCAGCUUGCAUGCAAUGCGCACACUCGCUGCAAUAUCCAACGAUGGUUGCCAACGGCGACGGAUAUCUCAAACGAUUGCUGUGUCUGGAAUUUAUUACGGUACUCGAGGACAACAUGAAAGAACCUUCCGGUGGCGUCGGCGGCGAAGACAGUGAAAGUUACUUCCAUUUGGCCGUGACGGGCCAACUGGAAUCGGCCUAUUUUCCAAUGGGUCCGGACAGUGGCAGUUUGUUCUGUCGGUACGAUGUCGUGGCGGGUUCCGACUGGGAGCUGGUGUCCGGUAUGCGUUCCGGUAUAACGCAGAGUGCAAAACCGGAGGGCGACUAUAGGACGGUGGUGUUCAAUAUGCCGCUGGAAUUUACGAUGAAAUCGACCAACCCGCACGGCUGGCCGCAGAUUGUGUUCAGCAUGUAUGGGAACAACUUGUGGAAUGUUGAGACGAACCGAGGCUACGCAAGGAUUCACUGUCCAUUGAGCGGGAUGAAACGCAUCGUACGGGCGCCGCUUUAUGUACCGAAGUUUAGCAGCAUCUGGUCGGCGGCCAUGAGCUGGCUUACGGGAGUCAAUCCGGAGAUGCGCGAUCCGAAGAUUUUGGCCGAUGGAUCCAAACAUAAGGGGCUGGCUUCAGAGAGCUACGGUGAACUGGUGGUAGGUUUGCAAGCAAUUUCACGAGGAUGUAGCAAGAUGGCGCUCGACUGGGGGCAAUCCUACGACUGAACUUAGUAACUAUCUGGAUUUUAUAUCUGUGCUAAGAUCGUAUGAUUAUAUAAGUAAAUUCAUUCAAACAGAAACUAAACCGAAAUAAAUGAGAAGUAUCAUUUGAAUUAAAAGGCACAUAGUCUGAAA